UUCAGCACAAGAACGCAAAUGAUGUUUAAAAUAAUCCUUUUAGUUUUGACCAUUAGUUUUUUCUCCAAAGGACAAGUUUUACGGAUGGGAAAUUGUCCCAACGUCACCGCAGUGCCCAAUUUCAACAUCAAAAAGUUUUCUGGAAUUUGGUACGAACAAGUUCAUACAAGAAGGGAGUUAGGCGUCGAUUUGCGGUGCAGCAUUGAGCAUUUUUGGCAGACCGGACCGAGAUCGUUCAAUCUGAACAGCUUCACCUUCAGCCCCAGUGCCAAUCGAAGCUAUCACAUUCAAGGAAAUGGCACGAUCAAAGGAAAUAACAGCGAUUCAGGACUCUUGGAUGUUUUCAUUUAUGAUAUGAAUUUGCGAGGAGAUGUUUUAAUUUUGGACACCGACUACAAAAGUUUUGCUGUUUUUUGGAGCUGCAUAAACGUGGAAAAGAGUUACUUGGAAAAUAUAAUAAUCGUCACAAGAGACAAAUACGCAAAAAACAGUACUGUUCUAAAUGCGCUGAACGUGUUGACGAGAAAUAAAAUAACCAAAGCCAGCCUGAAAUACACAGACAAUUUUGCAUGUCCAAACUAUGAGGGACUUUUUGUUGAAUUGAAGAACAGUCUGAGUUCAGCGCCAAAUGUAACAGGAAUCAAUGUCAAGAUAUAGCUGUGCAAAAAAUCUGCAACUCAUGCUCGAAGAUCUUCGCACAUUGCCUUUUGAAGGUGCUAAGUGAGGAUGUGCCGUUAAAUAUGGGCACACCAAAGAACAUUAAAAUGUCUACUUUUUUUCUUUGAAUAAAUUUUUCUAUAUUAA